AUGGCCACCGGGCUGGCUUUGGCCGAGUCGCGGUUGGUGCCCCUUUCUUACCUCUCUUGGAGCCCGACGGGUGAAGUGGUCGGCAAUAGUUUCACCUAUGAUCUUCCCCGCGGCUCUGGAGGGGUCGCCGGCCGCCGCUUCCAGCAACAAUCGCCAGAGUCAGUCGAUUCUUCACCAUCAAGAAGACACAGCCAAAGUCCUGCUUUCACCACUGCCCCUGCUGCUGACUUUCCUCUCGAACCCCGCCACAUAGUCCUCCAUGCACGACCUGUACUCAACUCCAAACCAAUGCUCAUCCACUUCUUCGCAGUCUCGAUUUUUCCCAUCUUCACGGGGACUGCAGCGCGAUUCCACGCUGAUGUGGCUAACCACUUGGCCUCCUCAAUCGGGUACUCUCCCUCCUUGAGCCCGACCAUGAUUCGGUACGCGUGCCUGUACAUUUCAAUAAUCGAGUCAUCUUCCGGGCCCCCCUUUUGCGCGGUUACUCCACCAUUUGGUAAUCCGGAGAAGGGGAAGCAAGAAAGGAUGAGAGGCAGGCAUUCAGCGCAAAGGAAGCUACUUCAUGGUUCGGCCGUGGGCCCCGCGAGGCAUCUAGCCCGAUCUGAAGCAAAUGUCUCGGCCCGCAAGAUUUCGAGGCGGCAAAUCUUUUCGCCAGUUGGAGCUGUUGGGCGGCCGUGUCACUUAGCCUGGAGUAGAGGUCGAAGGCUGUGCACAUGUAUAUGA